AUGCUAUCAAAAGCUAAUGAUAAUCAUAUCGAAGAAACAAAUCCUAAUGCCAAUGACUCCAGAACACAGGGCAGUGGAUCACAGGAGACGAAGGUUUCUCCAAUUGAUUUAUUUAUUAAAGAUCAUGAAAAAGAAAUCAAAGAAAAAUACCCAAAUUUGAAUGAUUCUGAACUUCGUUUAAAGUACAUGAGCGAAUUUAAUAAUUGUCCAAUGAAAGAAAAGGCGAAUUAUAUUCAGCAAGCUGCCUUAAUUAACUCAGGUGCCGCUACGAUAGAUGGAAUAUCAAGCAAAUCUGAGCAACAACCUAGUGCUGAAUCAGAAAAUUCCCAGUCUCAGCCCAAAUCAUCUGAAUCAGACAAAAAAGAAGAAUCAUCUAAACCUUCAACUUCCAAUCAGAAAGAAAAUACCACAGAAAUACAAAGCAAGGCUACUACAGCUCUUGAUAUUUUCAUUGAAGAACACGGCAAACAAGUUCGCGAGAAAUAUCCAGAUCUUGAAGGUGCCGACUUGAAACUCAAAUAUUUCCGCGAAUAUCAGAAUCUUUCAAUGGAUGAAAAAGCUAAAUAUAUUUCACGUGCAGACCAAAACAAAACAAAUGGUCCUCAACAAGAAACUAAACCCUUUGGCACAGGACUAGGUCUUACACCUAAACUUGUUGGUUUUGAUGGUGUUUUUGGUGGUCCAAAACGUUCACUACUUGGAGCACCUCGUAAGAAUGAUUCCGAAUCAGACAAAAAAGAAGAAUCAUCUAAACCUUCAACUUCCAAUCAGAAAGAAAAUACCACAGAAAUACAAAGCAAGGCUACUACAGCUCUUGAUAUUUUCAUUGAAGAACACGGCAAACAAGUUCGCGAGAAAUAUCCAGAUCUUGAAGGUGCCGACUUGAAACUCAAAUAUUUCCGCGAAUAUCAGAAUCUUUCAAUGGAUGAAAAAGCUAAAUAUAUUUCACAUGCAGACCAAAUUAAAUCAGGCGCUGUUCAGCACGAACCAAUUUCAAACAACAACGAAGGCAAACAAUCCCUUAAACUUCCAUCAAAUGGCUCAAACAACAAUGGUCUGAGCUUGAAACCUAACAAUAGAUCCAACAUUGGAGCAAAAGGCAAAAUAACAGACACAGUUCCUAAUAAAUCAGAAGGAAUGGAAAUGUUCAUCACACUCAGAUCAAGAGAAAACAAAGAUGAACAAGUUCCAAGAAACCAGUAUUCCGAUUUAUAUAUGGAUUUGCCACCAAGUGUAAGACCAGACUACGAGGAAUUCGCCAAGAUGUACAAUGAAAAGAAAUCAAAUGAACAAACAAGCGAAAAACAGGUUGAAACAAAGUCAUCAGAAGAAAAAUCUUCUCUCAAAGAAGAGCCAAAGGAAGAAAAGAAGAAGAAGAAAGAUAAGAAGUUGAAGAAGGAUAAGAAGAAGAAACACCAUAAAUCUUCAUCUUCAUCAUCUUCAAGUUCAGAUGAUGAUGAAAAGUCAAAGAAGAAAAAGAAGAAUCAUCAUCACAUCACUAUUAUCAACGUUUACCCACAACCGUCACCAUUCAUGUCCCCUGGCUAUGGCUAUGGCUAUGGCUUUGGCUACAACCAGUUAUUCUUCCCACAGCAGAUCAGACGUCCAAUCCACGUAGUUUCAUCUUCCUCAUCAUCCUCUUCUUCCUCUUCGUCAUCUGACUAA